AUGGAUCAUCGCCAACGAAAUAAUAUGGACGCCUGGAUUCUGGGCAGCGGCGUGCAAUCUCUUGCAGCCGCCGUGUACUUGAUCGAAGAAGCCAAAGUACCGCCAAACCGUGUGCAUAUCCUCGAAACCAUCGGCAAGGCCGGGGAAUGUACAGUGAACGCCGGCGACCCGGUCAAUGGCUAUGAAUAUCGGAGUGGAGCAGUGCCUGUGUUCAGUGGUGUCUGGGUUGAGGAUCUUCUUUGUAAAGUUCCUUCACAGGCUCGGCCAGGGAAGACGGCUCUCGAUGAUGUUCUGGAGCUUUAUGAAGUUGGGCCCUCUGACAGGACGCUAUAUACGCGGUUUCUGGCGGAAAGGUCGGGUAAAAUCUCUUGCACCAACACCAAACAGGUCAGCCUGGGUUUUCGAGAUCGUAGGGAUUUGUCCAGACUGUCUGGAAAGACGGAGCAAUCGCUAGAACGAUCGCGCAUCCUUGAUCACUUCCAUGAGAGCUUUUUCAGGAGUGAUUACUGGUUGAUGAUCGCUACUACGUUCGGUUUCCAACCAUGUCACAGCGCAGCUGAGUUCCACCGCUAUAUCCGCCGCUUCAUGCACAACGGCCACGGGCUGAGCGACUUCCAUCCUGUCUACGAAGGCCGCGUCAACUUCCAUCAUGCCGUGACAGAACCAGUGGCAGCCUUCCUCGAGUCUCGUGGCGUCGACUUUCAAUGCCACACGACAGUCACCGAUAUCAUCAUGGACCCCCCUGACAAAUGCCACCGAGUGUCAGCCAUCGAAUGGACGAAAGCGAAUGAACCCAAAAAGGGAACAAUCAACCUCUCCCAGAACGACAUCGCCAUUGUCUCCCUGGGCAAUAUCAUGUCCGGCGCAGCGACAGGAUCCAACACAACGCCCCCGGAUCUAGAGCUCAUUGAGAUCCAUAAAGACCUGGACGAAAAUUGGCUGCUAUGGCUGGAGUUAUGCACGAAACAUCCCAAAUUCGGAAACGCGUAUAACUUUUGUACACGUAUGCUGCAGUCCCGUCUUGAAGUGUUCACCGUCACCUUAAGAUCCCCAGAAUUUUUCAACCGGCUCGUCGCGCUCACAGGCGACCAGCCGGGGUCUGUCCCAUACGUGACAUUAAAAGAUAGCACUUGGCUGUUGAACAUGAGUGUGCCGCGGCAACCGUUCUUCCCAGAUCAACCGCCCGGCGUGCAAGUUUUCUGGGGUUAUGCAAUGCACCCAGAGAAAACGGGGGAUUUUAUCAAGAAGCCCAUGAUCAACUGCUCGGGUGAGGAAAUCAUGAUGGAGUUACUACAUCAUUUAAAAUUCCCAUUGGAUACGAUAACCUGCGAUGCAAUCACAAUUCCAUGCAUUUUGCCGCGGAUGACAUCGAUGCUGCUGCCACGGGUGGCUUCCGAUCGACCGCAGAUCACACCCGAGGGUAUGACGAAUCUUGGGUUGAUAGGGCAAUUUGUAGAGAUUCCGAAUGAGGUGGUGUGUUCGACUGAUUAUGGUGUAAAGGGGGCGCAUGUGGCGGUGCAUCAAUUGAUGGGAUUAGAGGAGCAGCAGCCGCCAUCUCCAACUGAUCUCUUUUACUAUACCCCAGCGGUCAGAUGA